AUGCAUCUCAUUUAUCUUCUAUCGUUAUUAUUACUACUUGCACCUACAAUUGAAGCGUAUCAUUUUCGUGGUGGUACAAUCACUUGGAAACCGGUUAAUAAUAACAUUACAGCUGGUAGUACAGUUUCGAUCAUUAUUACUCAAACAUACAGUUGGACGUCCUCCAUAAUUGGAUGCAAUGAUAGCAUGAUUGCCACUCAAUCACCAUCUAUUAAUAUAGGAACGAAAGCAGGCGCUGGAGUCAAUUUAACAUGUAGUGCUAGUUGUUCAACAUCAGGUGGCUAUGUUGGUAAUGAAGUACCUAUUACUGGCUACUGUACCGAUUUUUCUAAUGCACUUGACUUGACAGUGAGCCAACGAUCGGAUAUAGUCAAUCUCACCAGUGGAGCUUAUUUCAUUGCAACUUUUGCUACUACGGGUGGAUGGCAAACAUUGGCACUGGGAAAUUCAACUGGCUGGAGUCUUUCAUCUUCUAUUGACAUACGUGCAAGAUCAGAUAAUGGACUGAUUAAUACACCACCUGUAGCCACAUGUAUUUCAUACUUGAGCAUACCUGUUAAUGUUCAGCAAACGAUUCAAAUUCCAAUUCUUGAUGCAGAUAAUGAUUAUCUUAAAUGUCGAUUCGCAAAUGGAUCAUCAGAAUGUGCCAACGCUUGUCCACCAGGAUCGUUGCCGACAGGUACAACUUUAUCUACUUCUUGUAUUCUGACAAUUACUGGAACUACUGCUGGCGAUUAUUACCUUGUUGCCAUACAGGUCGAAGAUUUUAUAACGAAUACCAGUACUACUCCAUUAAGUUCUGUCUCACUUCAAUUUUUGAUUUAUGUUUAUGCAGCUACAACUUGCGCACUUAAGCCUCUUUUAUUGGCCGAUGUCAGCAGUGGUGUUUGCCAAGGUGCACAAGUCGGUGUGAAUUUUACAAUGACAUUUACAGUUGUUAAUCAGUGUGGUAGCGAACGAACAAUCACAGACAUUGCUACUUUAUCGUUUCCUACUAUUAUCAAGAGUGCACUUGUUCAGAAUGCUACUAAUACAUCCGUAUGGUCAAUGAGAAUUACAUGGAUUCCAACGGCUAAUCAAGUCGGUUCACAAGUCUUUUGUGCUGUUGGAAGUGAUAAUGGUCGUAAACGUCGUCGGCGACGUCAAAAGAAAAGUAACGAGUCGGAAAACUGCUUUGAGUGGAGUCCAGCAAGUGGAAGAGUUCAUCAACAACUUCUAAGCGGAAAAAAGCAACAAGAAAACCAUGAAUUAAGAGAAGGCAGCAGCAUCAAAAUUAUCAAUUAUUCGCAAACAUCAAGUGGUGCUACUAUCAGUAGAAUUAAUCGAAAAGAUAAUACACUUAUUGACAAUAAAGACAAUGUAAGAUGCAAACCAUCAUCAGGAAAAUCUCUUGAUCCUUCACAUUAUUUAAACUCAUCUGCCCACAUUCAAGAAAUCGAUCAACAAGAUAAAAUAACAAAGACACCAACACAAGUUCACACUCCAACUAAUAAUUGUGUGCGUAUUCGAUCUAUUUUCCAAGAUUCUUCUGAUACAAUAAACUUUCCGUCUUCUGCAUCAACAUCAGCAAAAAAGAAUCAUUUCCCUUUUAAAAAAUUUCCUCGCUUAACUAAAUCAUCGAUCGAACCGCGUCAAUCAACAUCACCUAUUGACAGUACAACACAAUUGAAUGAAAUUCACUACAAUGACUUCAAUAAUUUAGAAGAAAGCAAAAUAAAUGUACAACCUCUAUCGAAUGUUUCUGUUCGUCGAGUAAAACGUUCUUCAUCAGCAAAUCCAAGCAUUCGUAUGAUUCCACGUCGCCCUAUAUUUUCAUCGUAUGCAAAUCUCAAUCGAGUGACAGUCAUUAACUUCAAAUGA